AUUAUCAAACAACACCGGUCAACACGCCAAGGACAUAUUUCAGAAAAUGUGAACUCUUUGAAAGUUGUAAUCUCUGUUAUUACAUGUCUAAAUUUCUACAUAUAUUGUACAUAAAUAGAAACUACUGUUUACCUGUUGUUUAAUGGUUGAAUAUAAAUAUUUUCUAAAGUUAAAAUUAUGUUGCCGUCGCUGAAAUUCGCACGUUGUAUUUUGAACUUUCAACAUCAUGUUUUUCACAUACGGUUGUUUUCUCAAUCGGCCAGACUCAGUUUAGUUUCAAACAAACCCAGAUGUUUAUUUCGUGCUAUAGGCAUGCCAAAAUCCUCUCUAGAAUUCUAUCAGGCUCCUUGUCGACAAUGUUGUUGGACGCUUCUUGUAAAAACAAUGGCUGGACACAGUAAAUGGCAGAAUAUACGACAUAUCAAAGCAGCCAAAGAUAAACAGAAAUCUGACUUGAGCUUUAAAUUUUCGCAAAGAAUUCGAUUACUUAUCAAAGACACUGGCGAAAGUAAUCCAAAGUUUAGUAAUAAACUCGACAGACUUAUUCAAGAGGCCAAAAAGGCUGGCGUGCCAAACUCCACUAUUCAGAAUGCUAUUGAAGGUUCUAUUGCUUCCCAAACAGCCUCAGAACAUUAUUACUUGGAAGUAAAAUGCUUUGGUCCCAUUGUCCUCAUCUUGGUAAUCUCUUCUCCUACAAUAAUCCGAACAAAGAGCGAACUUUCAACCAUUUUCAGGAAAAACAAAGUGAAACUUGAACCACGAUGUAGUGAGGGUAUGUUUGAGAAGAAAGGAGUCAUCCAUGUGACCCCGACAGAAGGCUUUGAUCUGGCUAAUUCUUUAGAUUUGGCUAUUGAAGUGGAUGCUGAAGAUGUAUUUCAGGAAUCCGAAGAAGAUGGAUCACCUUAUCUAAAAUUCCAUUGUGAAGCCAAGAACAUCACCUCUGUGACAUCAUGCCUCAAGAAAUUAGAUCAUGAUGUGACUUAUUCAGAAUGUGAAUAUCUCCCAACAGCAGUGUAUCCUGUAAAUGAGGAUGGCAUGAAACUUUUGACGAGACUGUUUGAGAAAAUAUAUUCUGUUCCAGAAGUUGUUAGAAUAUUUGAUAACGUUGCUGAAUGAACUUGUCAUUUAGACUCAGCUCAGCUCAGCCUAGAUUAUGUAAUGCCUACAGUCAAAGACGUUCCACCUAGUGACCAUUCCUGGCCUUUUUGUACAGCUAGGACUACAUUGUUCAAAGAGGAUUUUUGAAUGUUUUUAAGACAGUAGGAUGUGAUUCCAGGGAAAUUUGGUUGCAGCAGGUUUAGCAACUUUGGAGAAGCCCCUGUUUUCCCUUCAUUGCUGAAUGGCUUGAAAUAGCAAAGAAUUGAAAUACAUUUCCUCAUUUAUGAUUAAAAAAAAAGACAAAAAAAUUAAAGUUUAAGAAAAAAUAAAAUUUCAUAGAUUUUUA